AUGAACUCUUCUCCACCCCCUCCCUCGUUCACCUUACCUCCGCUCCCUUCUUCCGGCAACUUUCCUAUCACCCCUAGUCCGACUCCUUCUCCGGACACAGAAGAAGAUGGGUACAAGCUCACUGCUAAGGGGGGACCUGGUCCGAGUCCGAGAAAGGGGAAGAAUGAGGCUCAUAUCACGGAAGAAGAAGGUAGGAUUUCAAUGUAUGUGAAGCUUUUUGACGAAAUGAUCAACACCGUCUUGGAGUCCGAGUCAUAUCUGUUCACCGCCAGGGAAUUAUGGGUACUCAAGUAUAUCUUAGAUCUAGCUUACGAACCUCAUUAUCUCCUUACUCGAUUACUACUCCGAAGACCAUGCAAGAUCCACCCAUACUCUUCACUUGUCAAUGCCUAUUCUGCAGAACUAGGCGAAGAAGGUGUUCAGCGAGCUGUGAAGAUAUUAUCUAAACCAUUAUCGAUCUCUCAAGACAUCAUUGAUUCUGAGCCUUCUAUCAUAAACAACGACGAACCCAUACCUGUUGCAAGUAGUUCCAAAUCGCCUUUGGCACCAACCAAAUCGUAUCCCACUCCGCUAUCAGCCAAAUCCAAAGGUAAAUUGCCUUCUACCUGUUCGAAGAAGCUCAAACCUUGGUCAUCCCUCUCAUCAGGUCUGACUUUAGAGGAAGAAAAAGCAGAUCCGGAAUUAGCUGAAGCCCUAAAAGAAAGUUUGUGGGCAUCGAAAGUGGGUAGAGUGGAAAUUGAUGAUGAUGGUUCAGAGAUUCAUUCUCCUCCACCAUCGAUAUUGGCUAGAAGUAGAUCCGUAUCAAAUACUUCGUCAACAUCUUCUUCAUCCUUAGGGUCAGGUACGAAAACACCUCUGAUGGAAGAAUUCUCUCUAACGCCUCAACACCCUCCGCCAAUAAUAUGUCUUGGUAGAUCAGAAAAGGACUUAGGCUUAGAUGAUAUAAUGACUUGUAUAUCUGCUGAAGAUCUAAAGAAGAUUGCUAAAAGUAAGAAAAUCCCACCUUUAUCGUUGAUCACUCGAGAAACAACUAUCAACGCUUUAAGGGGAAUGGCCAAGAAACAGACAGUACUCAGCUUUACCCCUGUAAAGGGUAAAAGCAAACUCGCCGAUAAAUCCAAACAAGCUACCUUACCAUUCUCUCCUUCUACCACCAGAAUUACUUCCGAAUCAUUAUUGAUUAAUCAACUCUUACCGUUCCUCGGUCAUUCCGCUAUUCAACUUUCUUCAGAACUUCAUUCUCUAAUCUCACGAGUCAACCUGAUUUUCUCACGAACACCACCAUUAACAUCUGGUGGAUCAAGUCUGAUGUUACCUUCUAUCCUCGUCACUUCACAUAAACGUCGUUAUCCCAAUUAUGGCUCACCUACCAGAUCGUUCAUCUGGUCGUCAAGGGAUGAAUUGCUGAUAUGGGAAAGAGCCGUAGGGUGGGAGACAAAAGUCUCAGAUGCGUUAGGUGAGAACUGGCAGGAACAGAGAAAACAAUUUGUCCCUGGAUUCGGAAUAAACAAUAAACCGAUGAUUAGCAGGACGGAGGGAGCGAAGAUCGUUAAGAAGAUUUGGGAAGGAGUUUGGAGUACUUGGUUGGAACUUGUACGUGGACAAGGAGCGGAUCAAGUGGAUUAUGGAAAAGAAAAAGGAGGACUGGUGGGGGAUAGGUUCAAGACUGGUCAUGUAUUGACUAGGAUCGUAUACAAGGGAGCGACUGCGUUAGGGAUAUUGCACGAGUACGAUACGGAAUGUAUGGUCUUGAAAGCCCUGUUGGCUCAGCGGAGAUGGAGGAGGAGCAAGAGAGGCGCUUGGUACGACCGGCUCGCCCUAGUCUUGAUGAAUCACUAUAACGCCACUCCCGAGGAGAAAGAAGAGAAACUUCGCGAAGCUACUCAAACAUGUAUCGAUGCACUACUAGAUGAAGAUACACACAUGAUAUACCGUCCAGCAUUAUCUCGACGCUUGACCCGUUUGGAAAACAAACUCAACUUACCUUCCGACGAGAGGCAUAUCUCUUAUGCGUCACUGAAUAAAUGCGAAACGCGUGAACUGAUUGCACCAAGAGUAAUGGAGAAUAUGGGAGCGCCAAGGUAUCGUGCGAGAUCUGCUUCGGAGAGUGUAAGGGGUGAUAGAGAAGCUAGUUUGGGGAUGGGUGAAGAGGAGCUUCGAGCAGGUGGGGGGAUGGGAUUGCAACAGACGGGAAAAUCCGUAUGGUUAGGUAGAGAAGGAGAAGUGACGGUGGAAGGUUGGGUCUUGGAAUGGUGGGAAGAUAAAGGAUAUAAAGGAUUCCACUCGGAGUCAUCCAUCCUUACGACGUUAUUCACCUUACUCAUGUGGCCUAUCCUCUUCUCGCCUUUACCAGGAGCGUUCGAAACUCCUUAUCAGACUGCACCCUUGGACCUAGGUGAAGAUACGUUCGCACCAUCCCGAUCAGCUGCAAUCGAACAGAGAUUAGAAGAAAUGAGUAGUACCUCCGCUGCUUUAGAUAUGUUAAGCGAAGUAGACGAAAGAGAAAGACCCAGAGAAACUUGGGCAGUCGGAGUCAAUUGGGAGUAUAGCGCAGAUGAUUUGAGGGAGAUAUUGGAAUGUAUUGGUGGAGAGGCGAUGUCGGGUGUGUGUAGGAUGUUAGCGGAGGAGUAUAGACAUCGGAGUUCGGGUGUACCUGAUUUAAUUGUGUGGAAUCACGAGAAGAAAGAAGCUAGGUUCGUGGAAGUUAAAGGUCCCGGGGAUAGUUUAUCUGAAACUCAGAAGGUAUGGAUCGACGUCCUACUAUCAUCUGGAAUUCCCGUAGAAGUCUGUCGGGUCAAAGAGAAAAUCGCAAGUACCCAGCAAAUUGAGAAAGUGAAGAAGAAACGGAAAUCCAACGAAUUAGCCCAAAAGCGAGCUAAGAAGGUCAAGGAGGAGUAUGAGAGAGGCGCAGAUGGCGAGUUCGUGGAAGUAGGAGAAGAUGAGUUGUCGGUGAUGAAGGAUGAAGAGGAGGAAGGGUGGGAGAAGGAGGACGAAAUGAGGUUUGAGAGCGGGGAUGAAGGUGGAUCUGAAGGGCGGUGGGAGAAGAAGUAA